CUUCCAGAUUACACUGUUCCCCCUUCCUCUCCAGUAUAAAAAAACACAGGGGGUUUUAUUAGGGUUUUAAACACAAACAUAUACACACAAAAACCUUGUAUCUAUCUAUCUGUACUUUUAUUACAAUGGCGAAUCCUAGGUGUUUCAUGGACAUAAGCAUAGGAGGGGACAUUGAAGGGAGGAUAGUGAUAGAGCUGUACAAGGAUGUUGUUCCUAAGACUGCUGAGAAUUUUAGGGCACUUUGUACUGGUGAAAAGGGCAUUGGUCCUGUUACUGGAGUUCCUCUUCACUUUAAGGGUUCCUGCUUUCAUCGCAUAAUCAGAGGCUUUAUGGUACAAGGAGGUGACUUAUCUGCUCGGAACGGAACAGGUGGAGAAUCUAUCUACGGGUUGAAGUUUGAAGAUGAAAACUUUGAGUUAAAACACGAGAGAAAAGGGAUGUUAUCCAUGGCUAACUCGGGUCCUAAUACCAAUGGUUCUCAGUUUUUCAUAACCACUACUCGCACCACACAUCUGGAUGGAAAGCAUGUUGUGUUUGGUAGAGUCAUCAAAGGAAUGGGGGUUGUUCGUUCAAUGGAACAUGUCAUUACUGGAGAUAAUGAUACUCCUACUUUGGAUGUUAUUGUGGAAGACUGUGGUGAGCUUCCUGAGGGAGCAGAUGAUGGGGUUUGCAACUUCUUUAAAGACGGUGAUAUGUAUCCUGAUUGGCCAGCUGACUUGGAGGAAAAAUCUGAUGAUGUUUCCUGGUGGAUGAGUACUGCAGACUUAAUUAAAAGUUUCGGAAAUGAACAGUUCAAGAAGCAAGACUAUAAAAUGGCACUCAAAAAGUAUCACAAAGCUCUUCGCUACGUGGACGUGUGUUGGGAGAAGGAAGAAAUUGAUCAAGACAAAAGUAAUUCUCUAAGGAAAACAAAGUCUCAAAUAUUUACAAACAGCUCUGCCUGCAAAUUAAAAUUGGGGGAUUUGCAAGGAGCAUUGUUGGAUGCAGACUUUGCGAUCCGUGAUGCAGAGGAUAAUGUUAAAGCUUAUUUUCGCCAAGGACAGGCAUACAUGGCUCUUAAUGAUAUCGAUGCUGCAGUUGAAAGUUUUAAGAAGGCUUUGGCGUUGGAACCUAAUGAUGGUGGCAUAAAGAAGGAGCUUGCCGCUGCCAAUAGAAAAAUUGCUGAUAGGCGUGACCGGGAGAAGAAAGCCUACUCCAGAAUGUUCAAGUAGAGUUCAGGUUACUUUGGAUAGUGGUAGGCUUCUCAAGUGCAGACAAUCGGCUUAUAGAAAGCAUCGGGUUUUGUAGAUGAUUGAAACAUGAAGUUGCUUUUAAGACAAUACGAUAAACUCAAUGUUUGAGCCAUUUUUGUUCCAAACAUUUUGUCAACCUAGGUUGUAGCAUCUAUUGCAGACUUUAGACCAAAAUUGCACUAUUAUUGAUAAAUGAGAGAUCAUCAGAACGUUUUGUUAUCUUGCACUUGUGGAUGGUUCUCAUGUGAACAUAUGUAGAUGAUAAUUCUUCCUGCACCUAUUCCAGUAUUCCUGUUUUACUAA